AAAAUGCAAGUGACUUACAUUUUAAAUGAUGAUUUAACGAAAUAUUUUUAGAUACCUUUCAAUUAUUAGUCAGAAUAUUAUAUUGUAUUUUUUCUUACGGAUUUUUGAUGAAUUCUAUAUCUUGCUUCUAAAUAAUUAAUUUCUUAAAAUGAUUUAAAUAACAUUGUAUAUUAAACGUACGCACAACAUGUAGUAUAUGUAGGGUAAUCAUAAAUAUUUGAUGUUGAAAAACAAAAUUAUGAAACAACCAGUUAAUUCAUAAUCAUUUAUUUUUACUGAAAUUCUAUUAUAAUUGGAACAAUGCGAAAUUUUUUGGGCGAUGCUAUAAUAUGCAUAUUGUUACUACUUUCAGUAAGCCUUAUAUUUGGAGCUAGUGAAAUUAUUAAGUCUUUUGUGAAUACUGGAGAAAAUUUUUUAAAAACUUCCUCCUAUAAUUGGAUUAUUAAAUUAUGCUUAAAUUUAUUGAGUUAUGCUACUGUAUUAUUGCCAGGUUGCCUCAUAUACAAAUAUGUUCGUCAUACCAAAUAUAUCCAAAGGGGAGGCAAAGGGUGCAUACCCAAACUAGUACAUUUAUGUUUUGUGGGUCAGUAUGAAACAGGAUUACUGGAUUCAUCUUCUUAUACAUCUACGCCAUCGAAUCAUAGCCAACGUACUUUUACACAAGAUGCUUUGUUACUCCUAUAUUGUUUUUUUGGGUUGCAAAUUAGUUAUUUAACAUGGGGUUACUUACAAGAAAAAAUAAUGACGCAGGAAUAUGAAGACGUUGCUGGCAACAAGGAUCAUUUCCAAGAUUCACAAUUUCUAGUAUUUGUAAAUCGAAUUCUUGCAUUCUUAAUGUCAGGGUUGUAUUUAAUAAUUCAAAGACAACCACAACACAAAGCACCUCUUUAUAAGUAUGCAUUUAGCUCCUUAUCAAAUAUCAUGAGCAGUUGGUGUCAAUAUGAAGCUCUAAAGUAUGUUAGUUUCCCAACACAGGUAUUGGCAAAAGCUUCGAAAAUAAUCCCAGUAAUGAUAAUGGGAAAAGUAGUUUCACAUACCACAUAUGAAUAUUAUGAAUAUGUUACAGCUGUAUUCAUUUCUAUUGGAAUGACAUUGUUCAUGUUAAAUAGUUCAGAUUACAAAGGCGAUGGAGCUACAACUAUAUCUGGUAUUAUUCUCUUAGGAGGCUAUUUAUUAUUAGAUAGUUUUACAAGUACCUGGCAAAGUGCAUUAUUUGAUGAGUAUGGGGUAACGAGUGUGCAAAUGAUGUGUGUAGUUAAUAUGUUCUCUUGUUUAUUAACUGCAAUGUCUUUAUUUCAACAAUCAAGUUUCCCUCUUAUAUUUUCCUUUAUGACAAAGUAUCCUAGGUUCAUUGUGGAUUGCUCACUUAUAUCAAUUUGUUCAGCAAGCGGUCAAUUGUAUAUCUUUUAUACAAUUUCUAAAUUUGGUCCAGUGACGUUUGUCAUUAUGAUGACUAUAAGACAGGGUUUGGCUAUAUUAUUAUCUUGUUUGGUAUAUCAUCAUCGUGUGACAGUCAUUGGUAUCAUUGGCAUUCUACUAGUAUUUGGUUCGGUAUUCUUACGAAUGUAUUGUAGCAAUCGAUUACGUGCAAUAAGAAGACGUAGGGCUGCGCAAAUAGUAUAAAAGUUAAUUAUGGAAACAAAAAGGCAUAGGUACAAAUUUCAUUAAAUUUUGUACAUUUCUUUUUUAAAUGUACAUAAGUUUUGCUAGAUAUA